CCUCAAUUCAGUAGCAAAGCAGUACACAAUUCCCUACAACGUCAAGACUUGAGAAUAAAUAUUGAAGUGCUCACAUUGACAUGAUCUUCAACACGGGGACUCGGCGACGGGAAGUGUAUUGGUUCAGCAUUCUGCCGUAACAUUUCUGUGCGCACACGAACUGUGCGUGGAAUAGGCUAUAUAAUAACAUGGUGUAUAUCAUAUAUACCUUGUUGGGGAACUACAGGGCUCAAGCAAUUCCCAAAUCUCAUAAUCUGAUGCUUCCAGGUGAUCUGUAUUUUUGUGCAGAACUGGUGAGUCUAGGGACAACGAUAAAAUUAGCCGUCAUGCGCAUGGCUGUUCUAUAAAAUGGUAAAUAGAUAAAGCCCGUGGGAAAAAAGUCUGAAAAACAAAUGGACGUCAACCAUUCAGAGAUAAACCCCUAGCUAGUGCCAAAAACACCCGAACGGUAAUUUAUGAAAAGCCACUAGCUUUAAUAGAGAAAUGGAAUUAUAUAAAAAGUCCAAUAUCCCGAUGUUGUAGAAUGUGCCCGACCACCGUGAUUGGCUUCAAGUCGAUCUCCGGGUUGUAGUGAAACUCCCGACGUCAGAAACGAGCAAUUUGUCUAGAGCCAAAUGGAAGUGCCUACAUGGCCCAGUGACAGAGAAGUGGCAAUGCGUGGCUUCGAGAAAUUGCGAUGAUCAGUACGAAAGGCAUCGAAUUAAGGUAAAGCAGCGUGCAGUCAUUGAGUGUGGAACCCAGUGGCAAUCCGUUUGCUCGCCAAUGUCCCGAGUCACAUGCAACGAAAGUCCGAGGAGUAGUAGGCAGGCAGGCUGGCCGGCUCGCUGACUGACCCAUGUGCAGGAACAAUGCGUCGUCUUGCUGGUUGACCUAAUAAUAGUGCACUUCGUAGUUUGAUCUAUUAUGCAAGGAACGAUGGAAUCUAGGCCGGAUCCGGUGAAACGAGAAUGUCGCGGUCUCAGCAAUAGUGCACGACGAAAAUGAUGUAGGGAAGACUUGCAGCUUGAAAAGAAUUUCCGCAAUUGGAAGAAUUCGAGGACGAUAGUGUAGAGAGGCUCUGUCAAGGCCGCCAUGGAGUGCAGUGCAGUCGGGUACAGUCAGGUUGCAGGGUCGGAUCCGGCCCAUUCCCUGUCGAAUGGGCCAAGUCGCGGGCCGGGAAGCACAGUAGCGGGUCGGUCACGAGUGGAGUUGAUAGCCAACCAGUCAGUGGCUCGGGCAAUUGGCAUCUGCACGGGCACCGGUGGAGGCUUUGCGGAGGCAAUGAAAUUCUCUCUCGUGCAGUGCUGGGAGAGAAAAGAGCUGAUUUUAUUUAUUGAGCGACGAGAGGUGAGAGAUGAGAAGUAGGCCUCGGAUGAGAGGGCUCAAGUCUUCGAUUUUCUUUUGUUCGCACAGGGUCUAGGGAAGGUGUGAAACCGAUCUGUGCACGAGACGACGUUUUCCUCGUCGUGGUCCCCACUGAUGGACUCUGGCUCAAGAUUGUAGAGAUUCGGGAACGAGCCGUGCUUUUGUUCCCUUCCUCUUGGUCCGCAUCCGGUCUGCAUCUGGUGAGCUUUUGUCUUUUCUGUUCUUUUCCCUCGCGCAUUGAUUCUGUGGAAGUCCAACGUGGAGACAGACUUCUCAGCAGUCGUAAAUGCGGGCUUCGAACAUAAAAGCCGCAUCUGAUAGGUCUCCCCGUCUCAUCUUUUAGCAAAUGCUCUGCAGUCGUCGUUCUGAGACUAGCAGCUGAGCAGCUGGCUAUUGGAGCUGACUGAUUCUUCGAUCGCUGUAGAUAGUAAGCAGUGAGUAUUUUAUGUAGCCUUGAGUCCCUCGUGCUUGCAAUGGUUCUCAAUUUUAAUGACGGUGAACGUAAUUGCAAGAGAAUGUGGUCGGAAAUACACAAAACCUUUCGUUGUGUAUACCUCUGAGUACGCCUGACGUGCUGAUGGCCUGCAGGACGAAGGACGAGGAUAAUGCGCUACUGCUGCAAUGCAUCCUUUAAUCAUAAGAUGGUGGCAGAGGCACAGGAUGAAUAAUUCGGAGCGAAUGGAUAUGGAGUUGGAUCAAACCUGGAUGCAGACGGGGGAAGUGGUGGAGUCCAGAGCCCCAGGGAAGGUCAUCAUCUGCGGGGAGCAUGCUGUAGUUCAUGGAACUGGUGCUGUUGCGGCAUCUCUCAAUCGCUACACAGUUGUGCGAAUGAAUAGACCACCAGCUCAUGUCGGGGAUAAUGGCGUCUUGAGUAUACAUCUCCCGGAGCUGGAAGUACGUCUGAAGUGGACAGUCGCGUACCUCAAACAGUCUUUACCCUCACUCGACCAAGUUCAACCGAACCCUCUGACAAGUGUCGGUUCGGAGAAUAUUAAGAUAGUGAUUUCAGAAUUUGUUGAAAAAGAGAUGCCAAGAAAUUCAGAUAAAGGAUCGAUUGGAGGAGUCCAAGCAUUCUUGUUUCUCUAUGUUUCCAUUUUAGGGUUGCGGCCUCUGGAGGCGGUCGUCACGUCCGAACUACCUGUAGGAGCAGGCCUUGGCUCCUCUGCAGCGUUUUGUGUUUCAGUAUCCGGUGCUUUGCUCACACUGGCGGGAAAGUUGGACUUCCAUCCACAAUCGUCUGAUGGCAUCAGAUGGAAAGACAUACUCGACACAGGACUAGAUUUGGUCAACAUGUGGGCGUUUGAGGGCGAGAAGAUUAUCCAUGGCAAGCCUUCAGGGGUGGACAACACUGUUAGUUGCUACGGUCAUGUUGUUCACUUCAAAAAGGGCCAGAUCACGCGAAUUGAUGGCCAGGUGGAAUUGCGGAUGCUCUUGACUAACACGAAAGUGUCACGCAACACGAAAGCGUUAGUUGCGGGAGUCGGGGAACGUGCAGAGAGGCAUCCGGAAGCAAUGGCUGCAGUUUUCCAGGCCGUCGAUUCUAUUUCCGACGAAGUCGUUAAAGUUCUUCAGUCUCCCAUCGAGGAAGCGACUGUCCCUACGCCGGAGACCAUCAGCCAAGAGGAUGAAGAACAAAAGGCAGAGGAGCGGAAUUUCGCCCAGAGCUUGUUUAUGUCCGAGGGAAUGGUUAUAAACACGAGUAAAACUGAUGGGAACAAGUUAAGUGCUCCUCCAAGACCCAAAAGAGUUCACGUAUUGACACGGCUGGAGGAGUUGAUAUGCAUGAAUCAGGGCCUUUUGCAAUGUAUGGGUGUGAGUCACCCGACCAUAGAACACAUAUGUCAAAUCACCUCGCGCUUCAACUUGUGUUCCAAGUUGACUGGAGCUGGUGGUGGUGGUUGUGUAUUCACGCUACUACCUCAUGAUCUCAAAGAUAUACAGAAGGUCAGACACCAGCUGCAGUUAGCUGGGUUUGAAUGUUUUGAGGCAGCCAUGGGUGGUAAAGGACUACAGAUUGGAUUUCGUUCUUCAAUUUUGCCGUCUCCUUAGGAAGCGAGACCAGGCUAUUGUAUCUUAGUUUUCAAAAUUAAAUUCAGAUCGAAGUUGUACUAUACUCGAUCUCUUUACCCAUCAUACUGAGGGUAAAGAGAUUUGUGUUAUGUGGAGCCGAGAUCUUAUCGUUACAUUCAUUCUCCACACGGGUAUGGAAUAGGUUUCGUGGCUUUAAUGGCAUGCUAUCAACCCUGUAACUUCUGAACGAGCUGUUUGUAUGCUUUGUGCAAAGAAAAGUAAAGGUUUUCAUGAUCAGUGCAAGUUCCAUCGAGCUCACC